UAGCACAGAAUCGACAAGGCAAAUCCAGAGCAACUUCAUUGUUGUCAUACAUCCGGGUUCAACAACUUUAAGGAUUGGUCGAGCCACAGACACACUUCCUAUCAGCAUUCCUCAUGUCAUUGCACGAAGACACAAGCAACAAGGGCAGCCACUGUACAAAGACAACUGGCUCCUAAGGGAAGGACUAAAUAAACCUGAAAGUAACGAACAAAGACAAAAUGGUCUUAAAAUGGUGGAUCAAGCGAUAUGGUCUAAAAAGAUGUCAAAUGGUACAAGGCGGAUUCCUGUGUCCCCUGAACAGGCACGCUCCUACAACAAGCAGAUGCGACCUGCAAUUUUAGAUCACUGUUCUGGAAAUAAAUGGACAAACACAUCUCAUCACCCUGAGUUUUUGGUUGGUGAAGAGGCUUUGUAUGUUAAUCCACUGGACUGUUACAAUAUCCACUGGCCUAUUAGAAGAGGUCAGUUAAAUAUUCACCCGGGACCUGGGGGCUCCCUUACAGCUGUUCUGGCAGAUAUUGAAGUAAUAUGGUCUCAUGCAAUACAAAAAUACUUGGAAAUUCCAUUGAAAGAUUUAAAGUAUUAUAGGUGUAUCUUGUUAAUUCCUGAUAUUUAUAAUAAGCAGCAUGUGAAAGAAUUGGUGAAUAUGAUCCUAAUGAAGAUGGGUUUCUCAGGGAUUGUGGUCCAUCAGGAGUCUGUGUGUGCCACUUUUGGAAGUGGUUUAAGCAGCACGUGUAUUGUAGAUGUUGGGGACCAGAAGACAAGUGUAUGCUGUGUGGAGGAUGGGGUCUCUCAUCGGAAUACUCGACUCUGUCUGGCAUAUGGAGGGUCUGACGUAUCAAGAUGUUUUUACUGGCUGAUGCAGCGAGCUGGAUUCCCUUAUAGAGAAUGCCAGUUAACAAAUAAAAUGGAUUGCCUUCUUCUGCAGCACCUAAAGGAAACUUUCUGUCAUUUAGAUCAGGACAUCUCUGGGCUUCAGGACCAUGAGUUUCAGAUUCGACAUCCAGAUUCGCCUGCCCUGCUUUACCAGUUUCGCUUAGGAGAUGAAAAGCUCCAGGCUCCAAUGGCUUUGUUUUAUCCAGCAACCUUUGGAAUCGUUGGACAAAAAAUGACGACUCUGCAGCACAGGUCGCAGGGUGACCCUGAGGACCCGCAUGAUGAGCACUACCUGCUGGCCACACAGAGCAAGCAAGAGCAGUCUGCAAAAGCUACUGCUGACCGCAAGUCUGCAUCCAAGCCCAUUGGAUUUGAAGGGGAUCUUCGUGGGCAGUCUUCGGAUCUUCCAGAAAGACUCCAUUCCCAGGAGGUGGAUUUGGGGUCCUCCCAGGGAGACUGUCUGAUGGCUGGCAAUGACUCUGAGGAGGCCCUCACUGCGCUGAUGUCCAGGAAGACUGCCAUCUCGCUGUUUGAAGGGAAAGCCCUAGGCCUGGAUAAAGCCAUCCUUCAUAGCAUAGACUGCUGUUCAUCUGAUGACACCAAAAAGAAGAUGUACAGUUCCAUCCUGGUGGUGGGAGGUGGUUUGAUGUUUCAUAAAGCACAAGAAUUUCUGCAGCACAGAAUUCUCAACAAAAUGCCACCUUCAUUCAGGCGAAUUAUUGAAAAUGUGGAAGUUAUCACAAGGCCCAAGGACAUGGAUCCUCGGCUGAUUUCAUGGAAAGGGGGCGCAGUGCUGGCUUGUUUGGAUACGACACAGGAACUGUGGAUCUACCAGCGAGAAUGGCAGCGCUUUGGUGUCCGCAUGUUACGAGAGCGAGCUGCCUUCGUAUGGUGAAAUGGGCAGGAAAAAUCACUCUUGGAGACCCCAAACAAGCCUCUUGGUAUAAAAGACUCUUAGAGAAUAUAUACAUAUGUAUAUAUAUAUUUUUAAUUUAUUACCCUAAGUGCUUCAAUUUCGUCGAAAAUAAAUGAAUUUUAACUUGUGUGUUGAGAA